GAGAGAGAGGUUGAACGGUAUUCACUAUUCAGAGUUUGAGACACAGGAGAGGCUUUGAAAGUUUUUCUUGUGUAGCUUUAAGAGAGAGAGAGUUGGUAGGUUUGAUACUAAACUGUCAUGAGAAAGAAAGGAUUGGUGGUUCUUGUGGUUCUUCUAAUGGUGGAAUGCCAUCUGGUUUCUACAAUUGAAGGGGCAAUGCAAGAAAAGGCAGAAUCCAUAAUUCCAAUCUCCACCAACUCCCCUCCAGAAGGUAACACCACAUUCCUUGAUGGAAUUACAUGGUGUGUUGCUCGGCCAGGAGUCUCAGCUGUUGAUUUGCAGAAUGCAUUAGAUUGGGCUUGUGGUCAGGGGAUGGCUGAUUGUACUCCAAUCCAAUCUGGUGGAUCAUGCUUCGAACCCGAUACGCUCUUAUCACACGCCUCAUAUGCUUUCAACUACUAUUACCAACAGAAUGGAAAUUCCGAUAUCGCUUGUAAUUUUGGGGGAACAGCUACUGUAAUCACUAGAGAUCCAAGCUAUGGAAGUUGUGCUUAUUCUACAUCAGGAUCUAUAACUUCUUCAGCUCCAUCAAUGUCUAGACACAGCUUGAGCUGGUGGAAACUAUUUGGGAUUUUACUGCUUUUGUUCAUGAGAAGCUAAUGAAAAGGUGAGAUUCUUGAAUCUGUUCAUAUCAGAUUGUGGGCUAUAGAGAUAUGUAAUCUGGAGAGAUUGGCAUAGUUCAAAUUGUAAGUUAUGCUAAGGUAUUCCUUUCUUUGUUGUUGGGCUAGGAAUCAAUGCUUACCAAAUUUUCAUUUUUGCU